AUGAUUAAAAUUAACAUUUAUUUAUUAACCAUCAUGAUUUUUUUGGUUUUUGAAAUAAUAAAUGUUGAAAAUUUGAAAAAAAGAUCCUUUUAUUUAAAAAACAGUGAUUUUCAAUAUAUGACAAAAGGUUUUCAUAAAAAUAAACCUUUAAAAUCUUAUUUAUCAAAUUUCACAACCAAUAACAUUAAUAUAAAUUAUAUUUUAAAAGAUAAUACAUAUGAAGGGGCUUAUGAAAUAAUUUAUGAUAAAUUGGAAUUAUUAAAAAAAGAAAAUAGUGAUAAUAUAGAUCACAUUAAUACAUUUGAGGGUUUUUUAGAAAAAUACAAAGAAGAAAUUAAAAAACAUAAGUCUUGCACACCACAAGUAUUUUUAGAUAUUUUUUUACAAUUUAUUGAAGCAUUUAACAAAUAUAGAUAUUAUUCCUUUCCUAAUGUUCACAGAUAUGAUGAAAGUUUAUAUGAAUGGUCAUUAAAUUUUUGGUCUCAAUUAAUAGAUAAAAAAAAUUCUAAAUUUUUAGGUAUUGAAAAUAUUAAGAAAAUAGAGAAAUGGAAAGAAGAAGGUCACAAUAUAAUUAUAUUCGGAAAUCAUCAUAUUGAAGCAGAUGCAAAUAUAAUAAAGUAUUUUUUCGAUGUUCAUGGUUCUCAAGAUAUCUCAAGAAAUAUGAUUUUUAUUGGUGGUCAUAAAAUAAGAACAGAUCCCUUAUCAAGACCUUUUAGUGUUGCAGCUAAUCUUCUUUGUAUUUAUUCUAAAAAGUAUAUUGAAAAUCCUCCUCAUUUAAAAGAGGAAAAAAUUUUAUUUAAUCAUAAAUCUUUAAACGCUCUAAGAAAUUUAUUCAACCAAGGGAAACAAAUUAUAUGGCUAGCACCAAGUGGGGGGAGAGAUAGAAAAGGUUCGGAUGGCCAUAUUAAAAUUUCUCCUUUUGAUCCAAAAAUAAUACAAACAUUUCACAUUUUUGCAAAAAGAUCAAAAGUAAAAACCCAUUUUAUAGGAUUAGCGUUAUAUACUUAUAAUAUAUGUCCUCCACCAAACACAAUUGAUAUUGAUGAAAUUGAAAAAACAAGGUCAUGUUCUUACUCCUCUGUAAGUUUAAACCUAGGAGAAGAUAUUUUUGAUUUAUAUCCUGAUAUGAAAGAAAGUGAAAUAACUAAAAAUCUAUAUAACUAUGUUAAUCAGUUAUAUGAUCAAAUACGCUAA